AUGCAAGCAAGCCCCCCGAAGAGCGGCACGCCGUGGGAGGCAAGCAGCGCGCGUCUUAGCUCGCCGACCGCCGCGCCGAUGGUCUCUCCGCAGCGGGCACCCCCGCCUAGUCUCACGCCGGAACGGCGUAUGCCCUCGGCACGCUCGCCCACUAGGCGAAUCGGAGUGGCUUCGGCGGGGCGACGCGUCUCCAGUCGGUCGCCCGACAAGAGUCAUCCGCCUGUGUCUGUGCCGCCCGGCGCUUCCCUAGACCAACAAUCGUCCGCCAGUGUCUCGCCAGAUCGGCGCACGCACUCGGUGCCAUGGACCUCUGGCCGCGCGGCGGCGGGUGCACGGCCGCCCGCGUCUUCGCCUGAGCAUCGCCAGCCCUCGAACCCAUUCUUGGCAAGCCAAGCCGCUACAAGCAAUCCAUGGCAAGCGCGCCGCGCUUCCUCGCUCCUCAUUUCUCCUGAUAAAAUGAUGAUGCCUAGUAUCGAGGAGAAGACAGUUGCCAGCAUGUCGCCUAACCAAAUGUCUCCGACAUGGGCGUCCUCCGCGUCGACGGCCAUGCCUCACGGCCAGCAGACUGGACCUGAGGCCGGCGCUGAUGAAGUCUCGCCGACCAAGAAGCGCGAUCGUCGCUACGAACGACGCGCCAGCUAUGUGUGGACCAAUGCGGCAGGCGAUAUCGAUACAACGCGACACCAGUCCACGCACCUCUUACCUGGCGGGUCGUCGCCUGACCUAACGCAUCUGAUCUCUCCUGAUCCCACAGCCGAACGCAAGGUGUCAGGGCACCGCAGCACGUCGGCGGCCUGGUCGACAUUGCCGCCGCGUGCUGUGUCAGGCUCGUUUGUGCCGGCUGAACUGCCCACUGCUCCUGCACAGAUGCAGGCACUGCCCUGCAGUAUGCCCAUGCUGGCGACUCUCGCGGUGGUGGACUUUGGCCUCGGGGCCGUACUGUGGGUGAUCGGCCAGGUGCGCGACUCGCUCGCCCUCGUCGGUUUUGGUUUCUUGCUGGUAUUCGAUACGCUCGGUAUCAUCAACGCCAUACUCACGGAGCGUGUGCAACGCUCCAACUCGCUGCAAGUUCUCCAGCGCCCAUUUGGGCUGCGCCGCUUCGAGACGCUUUUAGACUUUACGUUGGUCGUGUACCUGCUCUUUGCUGGUAUUUAUAUGUGCAAAGAAAAUGCAGAGCAUGCGCUGCUCGCCUCCAGCGCACCGCAUGAAGAAGACCGCGCCGGUGUGUCACUCCCCACGGUCACUCUUGGCCUUGUGUGGCUGGUAUGCUUUAUGACAAAUGCGGUACUGAAGAAUCACCAGCGGAUCUCGAUGGCAUGUGGGAUGAGUUUCGAUGCUGGCGACACGCUCGAUGGGCGACCACAGCGCACGCAUGCGCGACAUGUUUCUGUGCUUGCGCGCCCCAUCAUCGCGGCAGGACCGCUGUAUGAUGCGUUGACGAAUCCCUUUGCUGUGAUGAUUUUGUUCUUUGCCACGGUGCUGUUUGCAUCUGCACUGCUGCUUCCACCUGCACAGGCCGCUUCGUUCGAUAAGCUGCUUGCUGGACUGGAAGGUACAGCGAUGAUGUAUGUCAGUGCAUCCGCCUUGCGUCCUCUGUGCAAGGUCUUGCUUCAAGCAGCGCCGGCGGCCAAGGAGGGGAAGGCCUCGCAGAUGCAUCGGGCCGUGCAUAUUAUUGAGAGCCAUCCAUCGGUCGUGCGCGUAUCCAAGAUGCAAAUGUGGCAGCUCACGCUGCCGUCGCUAGGCUACACCCAGUCGGGAAUCGGCACCGACGGUAAGCGGGGUUUGGCCGGCAUCAUGUCAAUGCAUCAGACCGUCAAGUCGGCGCCUGUGGUUGUGACCAUGCACAUUGAGGUGAAGAAAGACGCUUCAGCCCAGGACGUCCUUAAUGUAAGCCGAUUUGCGUGGCAGCAAUGUGCUCCGAGCAUCGGCGCGUCAAAGCAGGCUCAGGUGGGCGAUCCUUUGCGCGGCUCUAUGACGGCGGGUGAUCUGACGAUCCAAGUUUUGCGGGAGGGCGAACAUGCCGUGCUGCAUAGUCCACCGCCCUCGGCUCCUCCCAAGAUGAUGUCGCCAUAA